CUUGACCUGGCAACCCUGGUCUGCUGAUUUCUUGUCGCAAUGUCGGAUGAUAGUUAACUGGGAAAACAAACAUCCCGUUUUAUAAUCUUACCGUUCACUGUCCCUUUGACUUUUUCUGCUCUACAGACAGACAGGAUGGAUUUCGGAUUUCGCUGCCCCGUUAUCCUUUGCCUAACCCUGGCGGUUUUGGCCUCGGUUCUGGCCGAUUUGGAUGACACUUUAAUGGGGGCACCCGGGUCUUCUGUCCGUUUGUCGAAAAACGACCCAGGUUUGAAGAAGGCACUGAAGUUUGCAGAGGAGCGCUAUAACAUGGGGUCCAAUACGAUGCACGUUCGUAGAGUUAGCAAGAUCCUCUCUGCCAGUAAACAGCUGGUGAAGGGUAUCCGAUAUAGCUUCACGGUGGAGCUAAGUAACACCCAGUGUAAGAAGGCUGCCAGACUGAUGACCUGUGACUUCUACCCAGAGGAACACAACCUGAAGACGGAGGUGUGUGUGUUUGAGGUCUGGGACAUUCCCUGGGAGAGCAAGUCCACCCUUCUCAAACAGAAGUGCCAGCCAGCAGUUGAUCCCAAACCAGUUGAGACCAACAAAGUAGAAUUUCUGUCCCUCUCCACCAGCAAACCAGUUGAGGAGACAGAGUAUUUCGUGGAGCUUCUGGGUCAGUUCAAAGAGUUCAUGGUCAGAUACAAUAGGACUUACAGCAGCCAAGAGGACACUGACUGGCGGCUGCGUAUCUUCCAUGAGAACCUGAAGACCGCUGAGAAGCUCCAGUCUCUGGAUCUGGGCACAGCCGAGUACGGGGUCACCAAGUUCAGCGACCUCACAGAGGAGGAGUUUAGGACUCUGUACCUGAACCCCCUGCUGAGCCAGCAGAACCUCCAGCAGUCCAUGAAGCCUGCAGCCAUGCCCCAUGGCCCUGCCCCGCCUAGCUGGGACUGGAGGGAGCAUGGAGCUGUCAGCCCUGUCAAGAACCAGGGCAUGUGUGGUUCUUGCUGGGCAUUCUCAGUGACAGGAAACAUUGAGGGCCAGUGGUUUGUGAAAACGGGUAAACUAGUGUCUCUCUCUGAGCAAGAGCUGGUGGACUGUGAUACUGUGGACCAGGCGUGUGGGGGCGGCCUUCCAUCAAAUGCAUAUGAAGCCAUUGAGAAGCUGGGUGGUCUGGAGACAGAGACUGACUACACCUACACCGGCAAGAAGCAGAGCUGUGACUUCACCACCGACAAAGUCACUGCCUACAUCAACAGCUCCGUGGAGCUGUCCAAGGACGAGAACGAAAUUGCUGCUUGGCUGGCUGAGAAUGGACCAGUAUCUGUGGCCCUAAACGCCUUCGCAAUGCAGUUUUACAGGAAGGGUGUGUCCCACCCUCUGAAGAUCUUCUGCAACCCCUGGAUGAUUGACCAUGCAGUGCUGCUCGUGGGCUACGGAGAACGUCAAGGCAAACCUUUCUGGGCCAUCAAGAACAGCUGGGGAGAGGACUAUGGAGAACAGGGUUACUACUACCUGUACAGAGGAUCCAGGCUCUGUGGAAUCAACAAGAUGUGCUCAUCUGCUAUUGUGAACUAGGCGAUAUGACACACAAACGCGUGCACACACACACACGUGAUCUGAAUAAUAUUUUAUUCCAAUCUUCACCUGGGAUAAAAAAACAAAUCCUACACCCCCCCAAACAUA